UGGAAUGCCGGAUAGCCGCAGUUAACGCGGUGCUUUUCUCGCCUCUCCGCGGAGGCUUCUCCAGCCGGAGGGGCUCACGGGGGUCUCCCUCCAAAAAGCGCCCUCCUUGACUUUCCCUACGGCUGGGAGCCCCGGGCGCCAAGGGGCGGGCCGCGUCUGCGUUCUCCCCAGCCGACGAGGGGGAGUUUCCAGGAAGUGGCCAUAUUGGAUUCAUUCAGUUGCAUCAAUCGAAAGAGGAGAGCAGGUUUGGGGUGAGACGACUUUUUUUUAGCGCCUGAGAAGGAACUCCUGGCCACUGACCUCCGGAGGUGCCCCGCUAUGGCUGCCACGGACUUGGAUCGGUUUUCUAAUGAAGAGAAAAGAAACCUAUCUAUGGGAGGCCAUGUUGGAUUUGACAGUCUUCCUGAUCAACUGGUCAGCAAAUCAGUGGUGCAAGGUUUCAGCUUCAACAUCCUCUGUGUAGGUGAAACCGGCAUCGGGAAAUCUACCCUGAUGAACACUCUUUUUAACACAACAUUUGAGACAGAGGAAGCUAGUCACUAUGAGCACACAGUCCGUUUACGGCCACAGACGUAUGAUCUGCAGGAAAGCAAUGUCCACCUGAAACUGACCAUUGUAGAUGCUGUCGGAUUUGGAGAUCAGAUAAAUAAAGAUGAAAGUUACAGGCCAAUAGUAGAUUACAUUGACACGCAGUUUGAAAAUUAUUUGCAAGAAGAGCUAAAAAUCCGGCGUUCCCUUUUUAACUAUCACGAUACAAGAAUCCAUGUCUGCCUUUAUUUUAUCACCCCAACCGGCCAUUCCUUGAAGUCCUUGGAUCUGGUGACCAUGAAAAAGCUGGAUAGUAAAGUGAACAUUAUUCCCAUCAUUGCUAAGGCUGACACUAUUUCCAAGAGUGAAUUGCACAAGUUUAAGAUUAAGAUCAUGAGCGAACUGGUCAGUAACGGAGUACAGAUUUAUCAGUUCCCUACUGAUGAUGAUGCUGUAUCUGAAAUCAACUCUGUGAUGAAUGCUCAUCUGCCAUUUGCUGUUGUGGGAAGCACAGAAGAAGUAAAAGUGGGAAAUAAAAUGGUGAGAGCUCGGCAGUAUCCAUGGGGUGUUGUACAAGUUGAAAAUGAAAGCCACUGUGACUUUAUGAAGCUGCGGGAAAUGCUGAUCCGGGUUAACAUGGAAGACCUGCGAGAACAAACUCAUGCUCGCCAUUACGAGCUUUAUAGGCGGUGUAAGCUAGAAGAAAUGGGCUUCAAGGAUACAGAUCCUGACAGCCAGCCAUUCAGCCUUCAAGAAACGUAUGAGACCAAAAGAAAAGAGUUCCUUUGUGAAUUGCAAAAAAAAGAGGAAGAAAUGAGACAGAUGUUUGUGAACAAGGUCAAGGAGACGGAGUCAGAACUAAAAGAAAAGGAGAGAGAACUGCAUGAGAAGUUUGAACAUCUCAAGCGAAUACAUCAGGAGGAAAAGAGGAAAGUAGAGGAGAAAAGACGAGAGCUAGAGGAGGAGAUGAAUGCCUUCAACAGGCGGAAGGUGGCAGUUGAAACACUACAGUAUCAGAACCUGCAAGCCACUUCACAGCAGCCACUGAAGAAAGAUAAAGACAAGAAAAAUUAAUCUCACACAUAGAUUACAAUGCCAUGAGUGGACUCUGUAUAUUCAUAUGUAUGUUAAUUGUUGUUUUCCCACCUUGUGAAUCCUUCUGCCAUCCCACUGUGCAAAGGAAGCAGCACGAGAAACUCAUCACCUGCCUUUUUUCAAGAAUGGAUGGUGACCAUGCAGGAAAUUAGCAUGAUUAAGAAAAAGAAUGAUUUGCUUUGCCUUUGCAGAUUCAAGGUGGAAAUUCUUCACACAUUUAGUUCUGAAAUGUCGGGAAGGUAAUUGCAGCGCAACCUAUUUGUUCUAAACUCGAAGUCACCAUCUCUGUAUCAAAUGGCCCUAAAUAUAGCAAGUCAAUUUUUAAGAUGCAAUAUAGGCAGAGAGGUAGCAGUGUAAAAGUUACCAUUGGGAAAAGUUACCUUUGGUUUUAAUUUUUGCAAUUUAUUCUGAGGGAGAGAUUACCAGAAUGUUACUUCUGAUCAAAACCUGUUUUGAGGCAACAUUCUUAACUUUAUAUUAAAAUAAGAACUAUAGUAUGAGAAAGCUUAGCAUUUCUGUUGGUGACUGAAAUAUUAUUCAAGACAAAUUUCAAGAGGGUAUAAGUUUGCUGUAGGAUCUAGUGGAGACAUAUAAUUCCUUUAAUUAAUUCUCUCCUCAAAUUUUAAAAUUGAAAAUAGCUCCAUAGUUAGUGGUAGAACAUAGAAAGUCAUACUUUACUUUAAAAAAUAAAAUUCAACAUUAAUCUCUAUCUUUUAAAGUUGGUUCUUUUCCCUCAACUGGUUUUCAGCCAAGGUGGUUUGGCUAUUUUAAAAUAGUUCAUAAGUAUUGCAGAUGUCAAGUACUGCAAGUACUAUAAUUUGUUGUAUAUGAUAGAGGCCAGGCAAAAAAAUGGAGAUGGCAUUGAUGGCAAGGGUUCUGAAAAAAAUUAGGCCAAUUAAGAUUAGGCCAAUUAAAACAUUUAGUGGUUUUCAAAUCAUAUUUUGUGCUGGUUUAAAUUGUUACUUAUAUACUGUACAGUCUACUUUUAAAAUGUGACUUGUCUCUUGUUAUAUGCUUUGAGGAAAUGUACAACUGAAAUGUGAGUCUGAAAAGGCUGGCUUAGUAUAUGACAGGCAGUCCUGGGAUCCAGUUGAUCCAUUUAUUGCAUAUGGAGAUUCAAAUUAACACUGGACUCAAAUGGAUCUGGACAAAUGGCAAGAUUUCCAAUUAUACAGUGACUUAUGAUGGAAAAAUCAAUUACAAAACAUUCCUAUUGCAUAAAUAAAGCUGCCAGAAAAUUGAACCAAGCUUAAGUGAAGUUUAUUGAAGCUUCACCUUACUGCCACAAAAAGAUUCAAAUUUUCUUUGCCAGGAAAUUGGUAAGAAAACCAAAUGCACAGCAGCUGUUAGAGCCAGCUUGUGCACUGCAUAGAACUGGAUGGACACAUGUUUUCUCUCCGUUGCCUUAGUAUUGACUGAGCAGCUGUUCACCGAAUGUUUUGCUUGGGAAGUUUUAGUUGUCCUUCCAUUUAAAUUUUUGGUGGUGCUAGAGCAUUGCUUGCAUUUUUUUUUUUGUUAAAACCUUUCCAAAAGUAGAAUUUAACUAUAUAGUUAUCCUGAGGUUCCUUGUUUUGCACAUUUUCUUGCAGAAGCUUCUUGCUUAGAGGUUGAAAUACUGUUUAGUCUUUUGUCAUUUAACCUAUGGCCAAUGUCUGAAUAUAUUGAAAAUCAUGUUACAGUAUUACCUGAUAUUUUUAAGAGAGGGGGAAAAAAACCUCAUAAAAAAAAACUGUAAGCAUAGGUUACAUUGCUUAGCGCAUUGUAAGCCGCCCUGAGUCCGGAGAAGGGCGGCAUAUAAAUCAAAUUAAAAAAACAAAAACAAAAACGCAAGCCUCUUCAAGUUAUACUGUUUCAGGCUUGCAUUUUAAUCUCUUUUUUUCUUUUAUAAAGGCUGUGCCUUUAUUAAGAUAAAAUAUAUUUUCUAAAAUGCAACUGGAUAAUUACUGAAGGUGAAUUGCAGUGCAGAAGAGAUCUAUUGUAUUGUUUAUGUAGAUAGUAGCAGUUCUGGUACAUGAUUACUUAAAGGCAUAAAACAAAAUUUCUUUGGGAGGCAAAAUUAGGAGCCUGAAAAUUAAUGCAUGCUAAGGAGACUGCCGGGUGGUAGAAUAGAGUUCUAUUAAUUAUGCAAAAUGUUGCAGCUUAAGUGUUUGUGAAAGCCAAUAAGAUCUGUUCUAUGCAGAACAUUUCUUUUUAGUCCAGUUGGUUUUCUGGACCUCAGUUUGAUGCUGUCCUAUUUUGGAAAUUAAUUAAGAAGGUGGGAAUAAUAAUAAAUAUAAAAUAUAUAGAAGGCAUAGCGAAAUGACAAUAUAUGUCUGAUGAAGACAUUCAGAAUGUAUGUAACAUUAUAUUAAUUAUUAUAAUAUUAGUGUUAUGUGAGUGCAUAUUUUAUGUUGUGCUUCCUGUUAUGUUAUUUUCAUUGAAAUAUGGGCCUCAAUUUUGCUACCAUCUUUGUUAAACUAUUUGUAAAUUAGUCGUCCCGUGGAAACUAAUAUCCUUUUCUUGGUUGAGGUCUGAUUUGGUACUUUGUAUUUCUUUAUGGGACCAAAUUGCAUUUAGUAGUUCUAUUCAUUGUUAUUUAAUAAGUUGCUAGCUAUUAUAAUGUGACACUAACCUUAAAUUAAAUCUUAAACUAAGCUUGAAGAUUUACCUCUGUUGUGUGAAGUAAGAAAAACAGGAAAACACAACAAUCUUAUUUCCUACAUUAUUUUCUAUAAUGUUUGACUAGUGGAGAGCUGCAUCUUCCAUUGACUUUAAUUACCCCAUAUUUUCCUGUUUUUUUCAAAAUUUGUGUAAUUUAAGUAAUGAUUCAGUAUAUGAUCUAUGUUUUCAGAAGUAAAAAUGUUCACUUGGACAAUCAUACUGAAUGAUAUUUUAAAGUGUCAAGAGGAGAACCUGUCAACUUCUUUUAAUGAAGUAUUAUGUAUUGUUCUUACAUUACGGUUUUAGUAGUUUUUUAACCACUUUUUCAGCUUUCUUUGUACUUCUUUUUAUUAAAUAUUACAUUUCAUUUUAA